CUUUGACUUGAUCGAAUCACUUAUUUAUAUAUUCUCUCUGAGAUCUUUAUAAAUUUCGAAAAUUUUCUUUGUACAAACUUACCUCAUUUCGCAAUGUAUUUCUUCGAGAAGAUCAGUGAUCAGUUUUGCCGCGUUGUGCGCACCAACCUAAAUAUACCACUAUCCUUUUGCGAAACACGGAACGUCUGGAAAUUCUCGAACACUUCCGAUACAAUGAUAUUCUUCUUCACCCUCACCUUUGGUAUCCUUCGAGCGUUCUCAAAUUUUAUAGAUUUCAUGAACCUUUUCUUCGGAGGGAUGCGUUUGGGGCGGCCAAGCAAUCUCUUGAUUUUGAGGGGCGAAAAUUCGCGCCGCUUUCAAGUCAUCAAACACUUUUUAAUGCUGAAUGCAUGGAUAUUAGUGAUAUACGCCAUGGUAUUUAUCAAGCCGCAUUACAUGGUUCCCUUCGUUGUGCUUUCGUUGAUCAUCUUGAUCAUCUAUGUGUUCGUCGUGGCAUUAGAUAUCCUGCGACAUGUCGGGAUACCACUGGACCGCAAGAUGAUCCUUUCGGAAAUGAUCCUCAACUUGAGCUGUGUUGUUUACGUGCAGGGGGUCCUCAAGCAACAGAUCUUCUCUUAGUGGACGAAUUUUUUGGUUUUGAAGAAAUGCUGGUUGAAUGGAUGGUUAAUAUUGGCAUUACGCUGCCAAGCAAAACAGUUACUAUAUUCUAUGAUUGGCAAUUAUUACGCCUAAGUUAAGUUAUUACGUUCUUCUUGUUUCGUUGUCAAAAACAUAUUAUAAAUACUUACACAUUGAUGAAAAAUAAAACCAUUAACAACG